UCUCAGAAACAAACUAGGCCCCGGGCGGGACGGACAGGGCCCAGCGUGGCGUCGCGGGCGGAUAACACUUUGCUUGAAGGCUGAACAAGCAGGCCGCCCUUUGCAGGGACAAUCUGGAGGGACAGUGGCCAAAGCGGAGGACUUUUAAAUUAACCGAGGCCAUCUGCCCAUUUAUGAGAUGACCCAGAGAAUAAGGGGUCUCAGCCAAGCACCCCCCUCCAUGAAGGGUAGAAGGACAAUUAUUUUCCUCCUCCAAAGUUUCUGGUGACCAGGAUGACGUCACGGACCCCCGCCCCCCCACCUCACGCCUGCAGGGGAAUCCUGGCAAAGCUGUCAGAAGCCGGCAAACGAGACCUGGGGCUAAGCAGAUUUGGUUGUGCGAGCACUUUCUGCUGAGCUCGGAAGUGUGAUCUGAGUGGCAAGGAAUCAGGGCUGAGCUUCCGAGGGGACUGCAGAGCCCGGUUCCCCCGCUGCCUCUCACCGGAAUGCGCAUCUCAGGAUAUUCUGCGUUUCCGCCGUCGGGAUCCUCGACGUGAAUUCUGACUCUGGGCGGCUUGGUACGUGUGUUGGAUUGUAGAGCUGGUGCUCUUUUUUACAACCUGGCUCUAUUCUUUCCUAAUGAGAGGAAAAGGAUUCUACAUGUUUGAUGAAUAAUUGAAAGAGCUGGAAAAAAAGACGGAAUUUAGAAUUCAUGAAAAAUAUGUUAUCACCUGAUCUAAAAGUACUCUGAUAACCCGAACCCCAGUUCUCUGAAACCUCAGUCCCAUUCAUUUGAAUUUAAAUCCCAUGGUUUUGAGAAAUAAAGAUGGACUGACCGGGCAUGUGACGAAUGACCCCUGGGUUUGCAGCAGCCCCGGAACGGAGAGGAGAACCCCAGGCGCCAUCCUUUCUCCCCUUGGAAGAGGUCAUCGGCUCCAGGCCUCCUCCUCAGCACCCCGGAGGACCUGCGGGUCAGUGAGGAGCCCCCUCCAGUAAGGAAGAGCGCCCCUCCAUCGCCCCCCAUAGCAGGGCCUCUGCACGGACGCAUCAUCUCUGGGCCCCUCUGUUCCACCCUCGCGCCUCUUUCACCCAGGACACUGUCCACUCGGCUAGUUCGGGAUGCAUGGGGGCACAUCACACGGCCACCGGCUCUGCUGCCAGGCGCUAGGCUUCCUGCCCACGGUGACGGAGGGUGUGGGGGCGCCCUUCGCUCGGUCUGACAGAGCCGGUGGGCGACCGAAGACCAGCAUUGGCCCGUCGGAUCUUAGAGGAUGAAAGGAGAGUUGAUGUGGCAUGACCUCGAACAACUGGUUUUUAGUGUUGUGGGUGUCACCAGCAUGCCAGGAUAUAUAAAAGUGAGCUGCACUUCCACGGGCUCAGUCUGAGGCCCCGGCUGGUGAGCAAUGCGCGCUGCAGACCUGUAGCCGACUCACACGCCUCCAGCAUGAAGAGAGCCGCCGUGCCGGUGUUCCUGACCCUGGCUCUUUGCCUCGUGCAAGAUGCUGCCAGUGAGGAUGAAAAUCAGGAAACAUGCAAUGAAUAUCGGGCAUUGAUGAAAAAUGGAAAAUUGUUCUGUUCCCAAGAUAAAAAACUUUCUCAAAGCCCUGAUGGAAUAAUGUUCAUCAACAAAUGUGCCACAUGCAAAAUGAUAUUGGAAAAAGAAGCAAAAUCCCAGAAAAGGGCCAGGCAUUUAACAGGAGCCCCCAGGGCCACUGCCCUGGCAAAGUUGAAUUGCGAUGAUUUCAGGAAAGGAGAAAGAGAUGGGGAUUUUAUCUGUACCCUUGAUAAUACAGCUGUUUGUGGCACAGAUGGGAAAACGUACAGCAAUAAGUGUGUGCUGUGUGCUGAGAACGCUAAAACCAGGUCCCAAGUUGGCAUCAGAAGCGAAGGGGAAUGUGAGGGCAGUCGUCCAGAGCAGGACGAAUGCAGUGCUUUUCGCCCUUAUGUGAGCCAUGGAAGGCUUGGCUGCACAAGAGAAAACGAUCCAGUCCUCGGUCCGGACGGGAGGAUGCAUGGCAACAAAUGUGCCAUGUGUGCCGAGCUGCUUUUGAAAGAAGCUGAAGAGACAGCCAGGCGAGAAGGAGAGACCAGAACUCGACAAGAUGCUGAAAAGGAUUUUUGCAAGGAAUAUGAAAACCAGUUGAGGAAUGGAAAACUCCUCUGUACACGGGAAAGAGACACAGUCCACGGCCCUGAUGGCAGGACGCAGGGCGACAAAUGUGCCCUGUGUGCCCGGAUUCUACGAGCAGAAGCUGAAGAAAAGAAAAAGGCUGAAGCAGGAGCAAGAAGUAAAAGAGAACCUGGAAAAAGGCCGUCGUACGCAGAGCUCUGCGGUGAAUACCGCAAGCUGGUAAGAAAUGGGAAGCUCCCCUGCACCAGAGAGAACGACCCCAUCCUGGGCCCAGACGGGCAAAUGCACGGCAACACCUGCUCCAUGUGUGAGGCCUUCUUCCAAGCAGAAGAAAAGAAAAAGAAGGAGAGUGAAUCAAGGAAUAAAAGACAAUCUGCGACUACGGCUUCCUUUGAGGACUUGUGCAGUGAAUACCGCAAAUUGAGGAAGAAUGGGCAGCUUUUUUGCACGAGAGAGAAUGACCCCAUCCAGGGCCCAGAUGGGAAAAUGCACGGCAACACCUGCUCCAUGUGUGAGAGCUUCCUUCGAGAAGAAGAAAGAACAGCAGCAAAGGCUAAGAGAGAAGCUGCAAAGGAACUCUGCAGUGAAUUUCAGAACCAAGCGAGGGACGGAGUGCUCAUGUGCACCAGGGAGAAUGACCCUGUCCGUGGCCCGGAUGGCAAAACGCAUGGGAACAAGUGUGCCAUGUGUGCAAGCGUGUUCAAACUUGAAGAAGAGAAGAAAAAUAAUGGCAAGGCAGUAAAGGAGAAAGUUAAGAGAGAGACAAUACAGGAUACAUGCAACGAAUUCCGGAGGCUUUUGCAAAAUGGAAAUCUUUUCUGCACACGAGAAAAUGAUCCCGUGCGCGGGCCAGACGGCAAGACUCACGGCAACAAGUGCGCCAUGUGCAAAGCGGUCUUCCAGAAGGAAGAGGAAGAAAAAAAGAAGAAGGAACAGGAAGACAAGAGGCACGUCCCCGGGGACGCCCCCGGCGCGGGCGCAGGGGCGGAAGCCCAGGACCAAUGUGCUGAAUUUCGGGGAAAAAUGCGAAAUGGGAAACUUAGCUGCACUCGGGAGAGAGAUCCUGUGCACGAUGGUGACGGCAAAAUAUACAACAACAAGUGCCUCAUGUGUAAACAGAUACUGCAAAGAGAAGCAAAGGAAAAAAAUAAGCAUCCUGGCAACAGAUCAAAUAGGACUGAAGCAACAUCAAGAAAGGAUCUAUGUGAUGAGUUUAGAGGCCAAAUGAAAAACGGACGACUUAUCUGCAUCCGAGAAAGCGACCCCGUCCGCGGUCCAGAUGGCAGGACGCACGGCAAUAAGUGCUCUAUGUGUAAGGAACGGCUGGAAAGAGAAGCUGCCGAAAGAAAACAGAAAGACAAGGAGAACGUGGGAAGCACAGGAGAGAAGAGCAAUGAAAAGCAGGAUCGGUGCCAUGAAUUCCGGGACAUGGUGAGAAACGGAAAGCUGGUGUGCACCUCAGACUAUGAUCCUGUCCGAGGUCCAUACGGCAAGAUGCACCCCAACAAGUGUGCCAUGUGUCAGAGCAUCUUUGAGCGAGAAGCUAAUGAAAGAAAAAAGAAUGAAGAAAAAUCAAGUGCCAAGCCCUCAAACUAUGCAAAGGAUUCUGAGAUGUGCAAACAAUACCGAAUAUUGCCCAGAUUGGGUUAUCUUUGCCCAAAGACUUUACAGCCCGUCUGUGGCGAUGAUGGCCAGACGUACAACAAUCCCUGCAUGCUCUGUCAUGAAAACUUAAUCCACCAAACGAAUAUACAUAUCCGCAGGGAAGGGAGGUGCGAAGAGAACAGCGCCCUGAACACAACGCCUUUCGGCGUGCAGGCCUCUGACAAAUCACGGGAGAAUUGCUGAAGGCCCUGAGGGAAAACACAUGCCCCGAUUCUGAAUCACCUACCUUCCCCGCCUGCACAUACAGAGAGCUGUGCAGAGCUCGUCUCAUUUGCUGUAGAGAAUAAAACGGAGCUGUUGGGGGAAUGGAC